AUGGCUCGCUCUGCGCGAGGUCGGAGAAAAGGAUGGACUGACUUCCCUGUGCGGCAAUACGAGGAAUACGAUCCUCUCCGGCCUCUGCUUUUAGGUGCAGGCAGCAGAGAACCGGCGGGACGGCGCACCGUGCAUAAUUCCUGGCGUCUGCUCGCGUACUCAUUUCCCACCGUGUUUCGCCGGAAGGUGAUGGGGCAGGCCCCCGCGAAGUUCCCUGACGCACUUAAGUGCCAGGAGGAGACGAAGCUGGAGGAGCAGAGGAGAUGCUUCUGCCCUCGCUUGGGACUGCAGCCACAAUUGACGAGGACGGGAAUGGUGGGGGUGACGUCUGUCAUGAGCAAUUGCCUUCACCAAGGCUUUCACUUCCAAGGCAGGGACGGUGUCGCUGUGACGUGUUGUAUACUGCGGCGCGUGCACUACCACGCCGCCGUCCGCAAACUGGAAGGCAACUGGCACCUGUUAAAACUUGCAUGUGCAAACUGA